AUGCCUUCAUUGGUUAAAAUGAUGGCAAGGCAGACCUCACACGUGUGUGGGGAAACCAAAAUGGGAAACCGUGACUUGGCCGAGACACUCAAGGAAGGGUCGUCCUUUGUGUUUAAGGAGAAGAAAUCUGACAUAUACAAAUCUGAUUUAAUCCAGGCAGGGAUAAAUGACAUGUGGUUCAUGAACCACAUUGAUGAAGGUAUAAUCUAUGCUGAAUACUUUGACCCUUUUCUGGUAAAGAUGUUGGCACUCAUACUCACAGUAAUAGAGUGUUGUAUUGAUGAGUGGGCCACAGACAUGAGGGAAGACAUCAAAUUUGCGGCAGUCAUUGAUUCUCCAGUCUACCUGACGGCUAGUUACAAACUACUGGAGAAAAUUACUGAUAAUUUCCUCAAUGUUGCUCAGUUCCAUGCUAGUAUCAAUCUGCCUAAGGCAGCAGUGACCGUCAAAGGCUUCACAGAUGACAUAUUUGAUGAUACAAUCCAAGAGUACAAAGUGGAGACUUGGGCAAAGGAGCGUGGGGAAGGUCUUGACUUGGUAGAAGAAGAAGAAGAAAAAGAAGAAGAAGAAGAAGAAGAAGAGCAGAUCACACAUCAAACUUUCAAGUUUGAUCCUAAUGAUCCAGGAAAUGAGGAAAAAUACAAAUCUAUCAAGGCUGAGAUUGCAUCUUAA